UUUUAUUGACAAAACUUGCUCAAACUGUGUAGAAAUAGAAACAGUAUUAACUAUUUAUUGUAGUUAGGGAAAAUAAAUGUAUAUCCCUCUAUACAAUGAGACAAAAAGACGAUAUUUCUGCCGAGUUUCAGUCACGAAGCUGUGCUUCGUCACCGUGUCGCUGCCGCUCUUCGCGUUCAUAACUUGCGUUUUGAUUACUAUGUACAAAGAUUUUCAAAAUGCGAAUAAAACCCACUGUGAUGUGCCGAAUGUGUUUCCGUCUAUAUCCGCGUCCAUAGGGAACUAUGAGCCUCAAAGCUCGAUAUGGAGAUCGGCUAUUUACGCUCACGCGCCUAUGAGAUUUUUCUUAGUUUACCUGAGAUGGGAGUAUUACAGGAACGUUAUAAGCGAUCAUCUAGAAAUAGUUAUCAAGUUAGCAGUAUUGUUAAACGUUAUAGAAAAUUUAUCUUUAUUAGGACUAACACAUUGGACUUCAUCCCUCCAUUAUCCAUAUCAUGAAUUUUGCUUCAAAAUGUUCAUUGGGACAUCGGUGUUGUACAUGUUGUCCACCUGCAUGAUGCUGACCAAGUACAGACGGAAAGCCACGGUCUCCAGCUCCGAGAUGCGGUCCACCAAGCUCAAGUGGAGAGCUUUUGUGGUUAACAUUGGCUCUUUCGCCUUCGCUGCAUACUUCUUCCUAAGACAUAACAGAUUGUGUGAACCUUAUGUGUAUUCGCUGUUUGGGUUCUCCGAGUACAUCGUUGUGAUCAGCAACAUUAUGUUCCACCUGACAACGAUGUACGAUCUCCGAAGGCAGUUCCUGUGCGUAUCCUUUGGAGGAAUCCAUUUGGAAUAAUAUUAUUAGAAAAAUUGGUUCUCACGAUGUUUAUAAAUAAAGGAAGAGUGGAAAUACUCAGCGCCUCGAGCGCUGUCAAUGGGUGAGUCUUGGUAACUCAGUUGGUAGAGUGAAGGGCUGGUAACCCGGAGUCGCAAGUUCGAUUCUCAACGGUGAGGUUUUCAACUUUUCUUUUAUUUAGAAGCAUUGUGCCUACAAAAUUAAUUUAUUAGUUCUCAUUGACAUUUUAAAAUUAAGGGGUUGGUAUUGGCAGAGGUUUUAAAGAGUCCCAGGCAAGCCCGGCCGAAUUUCACCUUCCCAUACAAACGGAGUUUCGUUCUCAUUCAAUUAAUAAUGUAUGGAAAUGACCACAUAACUUCGCAUGCAUCUGUCAUCUGACAAAAAAAUUGUACAUAGUUAAGGAUCUGAGUCUGAAGUUAAUUGAUGAUUACGACAAUUAAGCUAUUUCUAUUCAAGUUAUAUGCAUGAAAGUGUGUUAGCAUAUGCUAUAGACUUAUAUGUGUAUGAAUUAAGUACAAUAAAUACAAUACAAUUUACAUGGUAUAGUUAUCGUAACACAAUUGAAUCAAUUAACUUCUAAUCACCGCUUCUUAACUACACUUAAUCAUGUACAAUAUUUUGCAAUUCACCCUAAUAAUUAUUGUCUCCAUGGCUAUGAUAGCCCCCUGAGUAACUCCGGCGUAGUUACAGACAUCGUCAUGAAUUUAUGACAAAAGGUACAAGCGUUGAAAAAUAGUCUAGCCUUUAAUUUUCAACAGAAAGUUACAACACGUAAUUUGUAGGUAGAAAACGGGGACUUAAUCGCGUAAAAUAAAUUUUAAAUUUACCUCCGACUUCUCCGAGACCACGGGGACAACGCCGUCCUCGAAACGUCGGAGGUAAAUUUAAAACUUAUUUUACGCGAUAAGUCCCGUCGUUGUGAAUAAUAAUGAGUAAAAAUCGUGAAAGUUUAAAUCAGUGUGAAACACAAGAAAGUUUAGAAACUGCGCAGUCCCGCACCGACUGCUACGCCGCAGUCCGUAGUAGUUAGAAACCGUGUGUAGCGAAAAUUCGUCAUAGCAUAGGAUCAUGCAUAUCAGUAUACAGUAGGUUUAACAAUUAUGUGUUGUUAUCUAAUGAAAAUCGUUGUAAAUGUCCUUCCUUCCUACAAGUUACCAUAAUUAACCUUUUCGACGCCGUGUCAAACACAAAAGCUGUCAUCCAGACGCCACGUCACAGAAGUGUCAAAACUGAAAUUGAACUUUAUCCAUAUGCAUGUAGCCAUGUAGGUCUAUGUUACUCUGUGGUAUAUGACUGAUUAAUCGGUCUUUGGCUUUGGACCUGCGGUGCGUAUAUCUGUCAUUGGCGUCCAAAAGGUAACGGAGGUAUGGGUGUCAGAGAUGAUGAAAAAUAUCAUGUCUGACCCUUGUAUUGUAUUGUAGUUCGGGCGGUUUUCCGCAACUCGACGACUGGCGCCUAUUUUGCGUGACAUGGGGGGGGGGGGGGGGGCUAGUCCUGCCAGCCCAGCUCCUCGAGGAAUCCUAUCAAACCUUUAAUGUUGAGUGGGACCUCGAGGAGGUCUCUCGGGAAUUGUCUGACCCUUAGGCUAAGUAGCAUUGCCAAUUUUCCUCCAUUUAACUGAUUUUACAACAUUCCUUACUAACAAAUAAAUACUUUGUGUUAGGCUUUAUACCAAUAUAUAUAAACAAUAAUAUAAUUCUAGCUUUAAGUAGGAUUUUUUAAUGUCGCGAUUAUCUACAAAAUGUAUUUUUUGGCUUUGUAUAAAAAACAGUAUUUUAUAAAUAAAGAUUUUGCUAUAUGUAUUAUGCUUCACGAUUAUUCUCUGAACGGAAGAAUCGAAAGUUUUAUCAUGCAGCCCAGGUAUUUCUAAGGUAACUGGAAAUAUUAAAUAUAUUAAUAACGGGUCUCUUACAUAUUUUAAGUCAAAAAACGCUCGACAUGUUUCACUCCGUACCGAGGAGUGUCAUACGUGAGUGACCCGUUAUUAAUAUAUUUAAUGUGUCUGUGUCUAACGGAAGUUUUGUUGUUAAAUAUCGAAAUUUGUAUUGAAAAUUUUCAUUUUUAUGGUUUUUGUUUGAAUAAUAAUGAUUUAUUUUAUUUUAUGUAAAGAUGGCGUACAUGCUUUGGCUCCAUUGAUUACGAUUCUACAAAUACUAAGCAUAUCUGCGGUAUCUGCAUAAUCAAAUGAAUUUAAAAGUACCUUAAGUUUAAGUACUGCUAAAUAGAAAAUUGCAUAAAUACAUAUGAAUGUUUAUUUUAUAUUUAUUUUGACGGGUUGUAGAAAGAUUUAUUUAUUUUUAGAUAUGACUAUAACAUAAAAUACCGUUAUGAAUAUUUUACUAUCAAUAUAGGUACAAAUAAUUUAACGUCAUUCG